AUGGGCAUAUCAAAAGAGUCAGAUUUUGAUAUGAUUGGUAGCUCUUUGCCUAGAUGCAAAAGUGAUUUCCUGGAAGGGUUGGAGAUAUAUAAAGAUGUCUUGCCCGUGACUAUGAUUUCAUUGUCGAUUUUGAAGUCCUGUUAUCGACAAACCAGCUCAAUUCAAAUAACUAUGACAAAGCCGCUUGAAACUUCGCUGCACACUACAAACGAGUCAAGGGAUAAUGCCAAGAGGUCUAUUGGAGAUGCCUUAGAUGCCGUCGAAGAACAAACAACGGAAGUUGGUAAAGACAAUGUGAAGGAUGGCGAUUCCAAGCUGGGGCAAACUUCAGAUGCGACAACGAGAGCUAGGAAGGCAAGGGACGGCCCUAAAAGUAUUGUUAAGGGUGUCUCAUCAGUUGGGAAAAGUGAGCCCACACAAUCCAAAACCAUAUCAACAUUGGAUGGCAAGUUUAAGGAACAUGGUGAAUCUCAUGGAAAUAAAUCCACCUCUUCGGAUGCUUCUGGACCAAAGGAAGACCUGCUUGGGAACAACAUGGGGAGGAGUGAAGAACAACUUGUGCCACAAGAGGACCCUUCUUGUCGUAACAAGAAUGAUGAGAAUUUUGAUCUGGGAGAGCCAAAGAAUCUGCAGGAGGUUCUAGAAGAGUCUAGUCAUUCGGCAGGUAGGAAAUCUGACGGGCACAAUGACACUUCGACUAAAGAUACAGGGUUAGGGCCCCAACAAGACAACAACAAUGAUUCGCAAAGUAUUGAAUCACUGGACUCUUUUGGAUGGGGCAAAAAGCAAAUCACAAAUAUGGUCAAGUCCUGGUUCGGUGUAACUGCAACUGACAAAUCUCUAAAGAGUAAGAGCGGGCAAGAGUCUGCAGAUGAGGAUUCAGAAUGUGCAACACCGGAAGUCCAGUUGAUUGAGUUACCAAUGAUUCCUCUGCGGUAUCGUGCCAAGGAAAUCAAUGGGUUUGGAGUUCUCGCAAAGUCUCAAAAAUUGCCAAAGCAAAUUGAAAGAGAGUAUCGUAAUCUUUUAAAUACUGGAAUUACUUGUGUCUUGCAAUUUUGCAAGAGUUUGGAGAUUCUUCAUGAGAAGUCGAGGAAGAACGACAUCAGCAAGUUAUUUGCAGUUCAAUUCACCAAGAUGCAUUUCGAGUUGACGUUUACCGAAGAGGAUUUGAAAACCAAGGGUGACAUUGAUGGAGAGCUUUUGAGGCACUUGAAAAUAUUGUUCAAUGACUUAUUCAGCAGCAACAAUAUUAUUUGGAUUGUUAAUAAGUUUGAAUAUGAUGAUUUCAGAAGGAGUUUUAGAAAGACGAUUGCGCGUGUGUUGCGUGAGGAAUUUCAUUAUGACGUCAGCUAUAAAAGAGAGGAGUUUUAUAGAGAUGUUGUGGCUGCAAGUUUGUCGCAAUGGGGAAGGAAUAUUCCCUUUCCUUAG